AUGAAAAAGAUGACAGAAACUGAUCAUGAUAAUAAAAAGGACAAUGGAAUUUAUUUAGAAAAGAAUAGUUUUUGGGAUAAUGUUAAAGUAGUUAAUGAUACUAAUCCGAAUAGUAAUUCUAAAUUUUUAGAAAAUGAAAUAAAACCUAUAACCAAAGCCCAAACACACAACCAGAAGGGUAAACAAAUCAAAAAGGCUAAGAGUAAAAUUCAUCACCCUGAUUUUAUCGAAUUUCUCGAACCAUAUUUUUGUUAUCUUACUGAAAGAAACAUAAAAGAAAUAACUUUUAAUACAUCUAAAUCCAUAAGACUGUAUCAUGAGAGUGAAUACCUUGAUAAUUACAAUAUGCUUAAAGAAAGAUUGUGUGCAACUUACAUAUUAAAUGAAAACUUUGAUUUUGAUAAAAUACCUAAUUUUGAAAAUGAAUUAAGAUUUGAAGAGAAUGAGAAUAUAAUUAAAUAUGAGAUAUCAAGCAAACCAACUAUAAAUUUUAUACCUCCAAGUAAAGUACAAUCCGGAAUACUUAAGUUUUUUAUGGAUGAAAAUAUACUGGAUGAAUUACAUAACGAGGGUAUUGCAGAAAUAGCCCAAAAGUAUAGAAGUAUAGUAAUUCUCAAUACUGGAUUUAAACAAAAGAUAAAAGAAUCUCUUACUAAAAGAGUUUAUCACAAAGCCUAUUUUAAAUUAUAUGAAAUCAUUCACAAAGAAUUAUUUUCAGCUUAUAAUAGAAGAAAGUCAAAAAGAAGGAGAAAAUUUGAGGAAUUUGAAGAAGAAAUAAUUCUAGAGCAUUUAAAUAGGGAAAUUGAAUUCUUUGAAGAAUUUGGUCCAUUAAACCAAUUUAACACAUUUGAAUACAUUCAAGAUCAAAAUAUACUUUCUGAUGAAAAUAACAUUUUGGAAUAA